AUGAACAGCUCCUGGGCGGAGGGCGCGGCCAGCCCCAGCCCCGCGGUGGCGGCCGGCCCGCCGGGCCCGGCGCCCUUCUGGGACAGCGGCCUGAACCGGGGGCUGAGCGUGUUCGUGGCGCUGUCGCUGGGCGCCACCAUGCUGGGCCUGGGCUGCACGGUGGAGCUGGGCCAGCUGGGCGCGCAGCUGCGGCGGCCCCUGGGCCUGCUGCUGGCGCUGCUCUGCCAGUUCGGCCUCAUGCCGCUGGUGGCCUUCUUGCUGGCGCUCGCCUUCGCCCUCGACGAGGUGGCCGCCGUGGCCGUCCUGCUCUGCGGCUGCUGCCCGGGCGGGAACCUCUCCAACAUCAUGUCCCUCCUGGUCGACGGGGACAUGAACCUCAGCAUCAUCAUGACCGCGUCAUCCACCUUGCUCGCUCUGCUCUUGAUGCCCCUUUGCCUGUGGCUCUACAGUCGCGCCUGGAUCAACACGCCGCUGGUGCGCCUCUUGCCCCUGGGCGCUGUCAGCCUGACUCUGUGCAGCACGCUGCUCCCCAUCGGCGUUGGGGUGCUGAUCCGCUACAGAUACCCGCGGCUGGCAGACAUCUUGCUGAAGGUUUCCUUGUGGUCUCUCCUCCUGACCUUGGUGAUCCUUUUCAUUCUCACGGGUACCAUGCUGGGUCCAGAACUGCUGGCCACUAUCCCCGCCACUGUCUACGUGGUAGCCGUGUUGAUGCCCUUGGCAGGUUACGGCUGUGGCUAUGGCGUGGCAACUUUAUUCCGCUUGCCGCCCCACUGCAAGAGGACAGUAUCCCUGGAGACGGGCUGUCAGAACGUACAGCUCUGCACUGCUAUACUCAAGCUGACUUUCCCUCCGCAGCUCAUUGGGAGCAUGUACAUGUUCCCUUUGCUCUACGCCCUCUUCCAGGCGGCGGAAGCCGGCCUGAUUGUGUUAGCCUACAAAAUGUACGGCAAGGAUUCCUACAAGCAAGACGCUCUAGGCGGGGAAGAAGAAGAUACUGAUAUUUCUUACAAGAAACUCAAGGAAGAGGAAAUGCUGGAUACCUCUUAUGGCACAGUGACUGCAGAGCGCCAUGGCUCAGUGCUCAUGGAGUCCACACAAACGGCUCUCUAGGGCAAGGGAAAGCAU